GAUUUCUUUCGCUGAAGAAGGGAUCGUCUACAUUUUAUCCGUCAAUCCGUUAUCUCCCAAUCUCACAAACUUUUAAAUCAAUCGAUAUCCCAGAAAAUACACUUCUACAGCAAUGCCUGACGGUGGAAAUGCAGAGAUCUACGACCCGCGCAAAAUCCUCCAAGACCCUGCGUUCAAAAUCCUAAAGCCGGGAGAAAAGCCCUCCAGUGAGGCGAACAUCGCAGCAUUCUACAACCCCCAGCACGAGAUCCAUAUCGUCGAAAAACCGCGUUUGAAACCAGGCCCUGGGCAAGUUCUCGUGCAUGUUCGUGCGACUGGUAUAUGCGGGAGCGAUGUUCAUUUUUGGCAGCACGGUAGGAUAGGAGACUCGAUGAUCGUCACGGAUGAGUGCGGGUCUGGACAUGAGUCUGCUGGUGAAGUUAUCGAAGUCGGACCUGGAGUGUCGCAGUGGAAAGUUGGUGAUCGGGUGGCUAUCGAAGCUGGUGUACCCUGCUCGAAGCCGUCUUGCGAUUACUGCCGCGUCGGAAGGUACAACGCAUGCCCCGACGUUGUUUUCUUCUCUACGCCUCCCUACCAUGGGACCCUCACUCGCUUCCAUCUCCAUCCCGCAGAUUGGCUGCACAAGCUCCCCGACUCCGUUUCAUUCGAAGAAGGCUCGCUUUGUGAGCCUCUAGCCGUAGCGUUGGCAGGUAUAGAGCGCUCAGGCCUCCGCCUUGGCGACUCUGUUGUGAUCUGUGGCGCAGGUCCCAUCGGCCUUGUCUCCCUCCUCUCCGCCCGCGCAGCUGGCGCAGAGCCGAUCGUCAUAACCGACCUCUUCCAGAGCCGGCUCGACUUUGCCAAGAAGCUCGUCCCUGGGGUGCGCACGGUGCUCAUUCCGCGCGGGGCUACGCCCAAGGAUUCAGCUGCACUGAUUAAGGAGGCGGCGGAGGGCAGCGUGAAGCUGGCAAUAGAAUGCACCGGGGUGGAGAGUAGUGUGCAUACUGCUGUUCAUUCGGCACAGUUUGGAGGGAAAGUAUUUAUCAUUGGUGUUGGAAAGAAUGAACAAUUGUUCCCUUUUAUGCACCUCAGUGCCAACGAGAUCGACGUCAGCUUCCAGUACCGAUAUGCCAAUCAGUACCCGAAGGCGAUCAGACUCGUCGCUGGGGGCCUCAUCAACCUAAAGCCGCUUGUAACGCACCGAUUUACGCUUGAAGAUGCCGUUGCGGCUUUCCAUGUCGCUGCGGACCCUACGCAGGGUGCAAUCAAGGUGCAGAUUCAAGAUUAGGGGUGUAAGAUACCAUGGGAAGGGGUUUUGGGCAUUAAGUAGAACCCAUGUAUAUUCACCUAUCAUAUAUAGACGAUUUUUAACGGCGCUGUACGCCCAA